UGAAAAUAUCACAGCUGUAAUGACCUAUUCAAAGGAUUCCUUGAAACCUGAAAUUUCCAUUUGUUUUUGGAAAGUGCCCAGGAAAUUUAUUGACAAUGCAAUUAGAGGAUGUUUGUAUCUUCUGUUGGCUCUAAGUUUUGGCCUAGCAAUUGCCACCAUAGGUAUGACCACUUCAAAAAUAGAUCAAAUUGAUACAACUGAAACACCACUCAUCCAUACUACCAUGCAAUUUGAAAGCAGGAUGCUUGGAAUGGCUGCUGAAUCGAGGAAAGUUUUAAGUGCUUGUCGAAUUUUAGAUUGCACAAUCAAAUGUGUCAACGCCAAACAAAUCUACGAAGAAGUCUAUCAAGUUCUUCAAGCUUCAACGUGUAAGAAAAAUAUAACACUCAAGUUAGACAGUCAGCGUUUUCCAAACCUAGUUUUAACCAACAGAUGGAAACCGGCUAACAGACGUAUUAAGCACCUCGUUAUUAGAAAUUGUGAUUUCAUACAUAUUCGAAACGAAGCUUUCAACUCGUUUGAUUUCACGGCAACAGAAGGAAUCACACUCUUGGGCGUAAAACUAAAUACACUUAGCAAUGGGGUUCUUUUAGGUUUUGCAACGCUGCAGUCUCUAGUAUUAGAAGGAAGAGUAAAACAUAUUGACAGAUGCUUCUUUCAACCUGUUCAAGGUUCUCUCAUGCGACUUACCCUCAGGGCUGGCCUUACUAUUUCGGGAAGGGAAAAUAUUUUUGGCAUAAGUAACCUGCCCAACAUGCACGCUUUGGACCUUAGUGGAAACUUCAUUUCAGGAACUCUAGGUAGAGGUUUUUUCCGUGCAGUGCCUUCUGUGAAUUAUGUUAUUUUGUCAAAUUCGGAGAUAUCUUCUAUUGACAUAGACACUUUCUACGACAUAGCCAGUCAACUAUUAGUUCUAGACUUGAGCAAUAACCGUUUGAAAACCCUGGAUGAAAGCUCUAUACAGCAAAUUCUGACAGAAGGACUCGUUAACAUUUACCUCUUGGGAAAUGAUUGGACUUGUGAAUGUCACUUAAAACCAUUAAUACACAUGUACCAAAAGUAUAUGCAUCGCUUUGGAGAUAUUCCCUAUUGUAGAGCCCCAGAUUCCUUCUAUGGAGUACUCUUGACAAAUGUCAAGUUUGAUGAAAACUGCACUGCCACUACAAUUCAUCACAUCAAAACAGAUUCAUUUAUUGUCACCACAUCAAGUCCUGAUACGAGUGUCACAAAUCCAAGUGCGUCAUUUAAAAUGGCGUGUCUGUCAAUGAUUGGCCUAGCAGAUGCCCAGGAACAAGAAUCCUCUUCCAAGCAAGACGAAGCUCCUGUGGAUUACUUCUUUUUUGCACCACCAUGCCAUGACUUUGAGCUUAUUCUUUUGGAAAAUAACUCCGUUCAAGUGGUGGUUCACUUUGCCGAUGAGCCAAUCAACAUAAUUUGGUUCAGUGAAGCUCAAGAAGACUUUGUCCACACAGUGAACGAUAUCACUUUCGAUUAUAAUUGUGAAGUGUAUUCAGAUCCGUUUCUCUUGGCUGAGAAUCUAGAAGAAAACUGCACAUAUACAUUUUGCCUGGUUCCCAGUGGCACUUUCUCUAUUACACCUUUCAACUGCUUGCCCCUUCAUAUACCAUUCAUGACUAGAUUGGAGCCAAAUAUUUGGAUUUCACAUGACGAAAAGGAACUUACUCUUGGUAUUGUUUGCUUGAUUCUAAUGUGUUCCUUAUUAUUUGGCGGAGUUGUGGCUUACUUUGGAAUCAAGGCAUAUCCGGAUAUACUGGAGGGUAGCAAUCACGUGCUUGUGGUAAAAAAGUCCAAUAAAAGUGCUUGUUAUGUAUCAACAAUCCCCGAGGGAGAAUAUGCGAUUAAUAAGAAUAGUUUGAAGAAACACAACACAACAAUUGAAUCUGGCAGCCUUGCAUACCUACCGCCACCACCACCACCGGUGCCAUUAUACAAGGAUAAUGAAGAAAUUAAGGAGGAAUCGUCCCAAGAAGUUGAAGACUAUUAUGAAAUGCCUUGUAUCUACAACAAACCCCACAACUGCCAACAGAAGUGCUUGUUCAACAAGUGUGUAAUUACUCCCAAUUCACCACCGCCAUUGCCGAAACGCAACUCGGAUAGCACUUUGUACGGUUCAGCUAGCGAACUUAUUUCUAGUGUUCCUUAUCCAAAACGGAGUUUAUAAAAUAUGCAUCUCGAUGAUAGAUGCAAACAAAUAUUGA